GUCUCGGGGCGCGGCCCGGAAGCGCCGCUGCCUUGGAGACGGGAGCCGAGCGCCCGCCGAGCCGGACAUGGCGGAGACCGACCCCAAAACCGUGCAGGAUCUCACCGCCGUGGUGCAGACGUUGCUUCAGCAAAUGCAGGACAAAUUUCAAACCAUGUCUGACCAAAUAAUUGGAAGAAUUGAUGACAUGAGCUGUCGCAUAGAUGACCUGGAGAAGAACAUAGCAGACCUGAUGACACAAGCAGGAGUGGAAGAAUUGGAAGGGGAGAACAAGACCCCUGCACCUAACAAGACUUAAAAGUUGCCAAUAACUUAAGAUGAAUCCUUGAAGACUCUGUUGUUUUUUUCCUACAAAAUCUUGGAAUUACAGAACAGCUUUUUGCAACUUCUGUGUGUAAAAGCAUUUUUAUAUUGUUACAGAGCUUGCAUUCCUAAUGUAUAUUGUAUAGGUAGGGGUAGGUUAGUUUCUAUUUUGAUUUGUGUACUGUAAUUUCACUUUUUGAAUUCUGGUUGUGAGGCUGAGUCAGUUUGGGUUAUUAAACCACAGAUCUCACGGGUCUCAGCUACUGGGUGUAUUUGUGAAGUCACUUUUUGCCCUUUCUUACACUUUUUCUAGACGUUUCAUUUUUGAUAGCUCAACAUCCUGUGACUCCCAUCAAAUGGAGAUCUUCACUUGUACUGUGUCAUUUUGUGGAGUGAAGCACAAGACUGAAACUUUGCAUUAAUCUUAGCUAGAAGCAUCAGUCCCUCAACUGAUCACCUCUUGUUUUCUCAUAAAUACCAGAAGGUGAUUUUUGGAAGCAUAAGGCACUCAGCAUCAAAAUCCUGUCUCUUACUCCUGCUAUUACCUGACCUGUUUUUUUUUAGAAGGUAAAUCAGAAAAUGAGAGAUUUGAUAUUAGAGAGACUUGUGUACAGCUGAGCAGCCACUGCCAUUCAAAUCUGUUGUGUUUAGACAGAGAAGGAACCUAUGAAGAACCUUGCUAUGGCACUGAAGUUUUUUAAGACUGUAAAACUGCUUUGAAAAUGCCAUUUUCAUCACCUUUCAACAGUAAUUAUGCUUAAAGUCAUGACACAGAACAGGGAUGGGAUUGCAGGAGUGUCUGUGUGUGGUCUUUCAGCUCACUGGCUUCUACAAACCAGUUUGCUAAUGGAGCAGUGGAGUAUUGAAUACCAGUAAGAAUGGUGAAGCCUUGCUUCUGUUUGAAUAACAACUAACUGGAACUCUUCAGAAACAUUUGGUUUAGAAAGGUGCUUGCUUUUAUAAUAAUUUCCACGUUUUAUGGGCCUGGAGUUUAAUGGAUAACAUUAUUUUGGCAAUGAAAAGCAUAUUUAGAAGAGUCUGGGGAAGAAAAAUGAUUGAUGCCAGGCAUUACUGACAAUCACUGCAAUGCUCCUCCUGCUUGAAACACAAAGUUUAGAAAGUGCUGGUGCCUGUCAGCAGUUUUAUGUGCUGGGACCCCACUAAAAACUGCUCUGUCGGUGCCACCAAAUCAGCACCUGUGUGUUUUGGGAAGGAAACAUGACAGGUUAUUUUUCAAGAUUGGGGAGAUAUUGGUACAAAAGCUCAUGAUAAAGGGGGAACUUUGUGAACAAAGGAAAUGUAUCAAUAUACCUUGUAACACCAGCCUCAGGCUCUUUGUAAUGUCAUUCAAAAAAGUUCUAAUAAACUAUUACAUGGUAACAAAUA